UAGAAACGCGUGCACUACUGAUAAGUCUCAUCGUGUGUGAAAUGGGAACACGUCUCAACGGUUACCGUUCUCAAUUCUAAUGUCUUCAAUUUCGCUUUGUUCUAAUUUCUUAUAGCAGUUAGUUACUAUCCCUUCUUCCAAGCACAACCACCAUUUUCAUCUCUAUCUCUGUUCCAUUAAAACAAAAACCGUUUUACAUGAAAAAAAUUCUCAAUCCAAUCACACACUCUUUCUCAUUCAUUAAUAUCGUUUUCAAUUAAUGACUCGCCAAGUCGUCGUCGUUUCGCAGCCGGCGCAUAGCCACCGGCGGCGGGGCGUCGGCGAGAUGACCGGCGCCGCCGCCGCGGAAUGCGCCGCCGUGUGCUGCUGCUGUCCCUGCACAGUCCUCAACCUCGUCGUGCUUGCCGUGUACACUGUGCCCAAGGGCCUGUUUAGGAAGGCCAUGGACAAGAGACGACGCCGUUUGAUCUCGAACAGCAAGAAAAACGAAGUCGUUUUAUUGCAGCGGCAGAGGUCCAGCAGCACCGUCUCCACCGACAUUCCGUCGGAGGAGGCGUACUUCGCGACGGAGCCUGCGGCGGCGGAGAAGUUGGAGAGCGUGGCGUUGGAGAAGGAGAUGUGGGCCCGGUUCGCGGGAACCGGGUUCUGGCGGAGCGAAUCUCAGCGCCAACCGUACCUGUAAAAACCGAACCGAUCUUGUAAAUAAGAUAAAAGAGGUCGUGGGACACGUGUUGAAAUGGUGGAGAGUGGGAGUUCCUGGGAAUCAGGGAUUCGGCGGAAGCUAUGUUCGUGUGAUUGGAAAAAAGCCAAAUGAGACAACGUGUUUGGAUUUUUAUUUUGCAUUGGAGAUUAUUUUAGUUAGAAACACGUAGGAGAAUUGUAAAAAUAUGUAGUAUUUUUCAUUAAACGAUUUAGUCCAAUUGUUCAAAGUU